UUAAAAUAUCAUGCUAUCUGAUGACAUCUAUUUUUAUCAUGUAUUAGGGGAAAUAGAGUGUGAAUCAUCUCAAAACUAGGUAAGCUUAAUAUUAAGUAGCUGACGAGAGUUAUUGCCGUAUUUGAAGUAGCAAUGGCUCCAGGAGGCAGUUUUUGUGAAAAGGCUGUUGAAUCUCACCCCUCGGUUCCGGAUACCAGUACAUCUCCAACAAAAUCUGAGAGCAAUACUACAACGAAGAAAAGUGCUGUUAAUGUUCUUGGGAAAUGUGGAAUCCGUUCAAACAAUGGUGUUUACGAGCUGUUUGGGUGUUCUAUAUGUGCAAAUUUGAUUUAUCCACCAAUUCACCAGUGUCCCAAUGGACAUACUUUGUGUUCAAACUGCAAGAAUAGAGUGCUCAACUGUUGCCCGACUUGCCGCCAUGAUCUUGGAAAUAUAAGAUGUUUAGCCUUGGAGAAAGUUGCAGAAUCAUUAGAGUUUCCCUGUAGAUACCAGAAUCUUGGAUGCCUUGAUAUCUUCCCCUAUUACGGCAAGCUUAAGCACGAGCAAAACUGUAAGUUUCGUCCCUACAAUUGCCCUUAUGCUGGAUCAGAGUGCUCUGUAACGGGUGACAUCCCAACACUCGUUGCACAUCUCAAGGAUGAUCAUAUGGUUGACAUGCAUGAUGGAUGUACCUUCAACCAUCGAUACGUUAAAUCGAAUCCACAUGAAGUUGAAAAUGCCACAUGGAUGCUUACUGUGUUCAAUUGUUUCGGAAGAAAGUUCUGCUUGCAUUUUGAAGCUUUCCACCUCGGGAAGGCACCCGUCUAUAUGGCGUUUUUACGUUUUAUGGGUGAUGAUAAUGAAGCAAAAAGGUUCAAUUAUAGUUUGGAAGUCGGUGCCAACAGACGUAAACUAAUAUGGCAAGGUAUUCCGAGGAGCAUCCGGGACAGUCAUAGGAAAGUUCGUGACAGUCUGGAUGGACUCGUCAUCCAGAGGAACCUAGCUCUAUACUUUUCCGGAUGCGAUAGGCGAGAGCUGAAGUUGAGGAUAACCGGUCAUAUAUGGAAAGAAGAAUGAGAUAGGAAAAACGAUGGAGAAUGGAGGUUCUUUUUGUACAGUUUUUCAGAUAAAUUCGGAGCUCCAUUGGCAAACAGAUGAAGUUUUCGUUUUGCCAAUCGGGUUUUUUUUUU